UCUAGAGAGAGAAAGCAUGGGAGUUGUGUAUCCGAGUUCACGAGAUGAAGAAUAAGCGGCUGGUUGUAUGGUAUGUUUGCUUCACGCAAUCUGUCUAAUUUCGGGUUUGCUUCUUGGCGUGCCUUCAAAGCUUUUAUUUUCUUCUUAUAAUCCCUCUCUUCUCAAACCACACACCAAACCCUAAAUUCUCUCUCUCUCUCUCUCUCUCUCUCUCUCUCUCUCUCUCUCUCUCUCUCUCUCUCUCUCUCUCUCUCUCUCUCUCUCUCUCUCUCUCUCUCAUCACAAACCCUAAUUAUCCCAUGUUCAAGAUUCUAUAAAACCCAGAAAACCCACAUCAAAAUGAGUUCAAAUCCUAGCACUAGCAGCACCAGUGGCGGUGGUGGCGGUGGAAGUAGUGGUGGCGGGCCUUGCGGAGCUUGCAAGUUCUUGAGGAGGAAAUGCGUUGCAGGGUGUAUAUUUGCACCCUAUUUCGAUUCUGAUCAAGGUGCAGCCCAUUUUGCGGCCGUACAUAAAGUGUUUGGAGCUAGCAAUGUCUCUAAACUCUUGUUCCAUCUUCCUGUUCAAAGGCGGCAUGAUGCGGUGGUCACCAUUUGUUAUGAAGCUCAGGCGAGACUUAAAGACCCCGUCUAUGGCUGUGUUUCUCACAUCUUUGCUCUUCAACAACAGGUGGUAAAUCUACAAGCGGAACUCUCCUAUUUCCAAGCCCACCUAGCAACGUUAGAAGGUCCAACUCCUCCACCACCCCCGACAGCACAAUCAACAGCUCUGCCACAUGGAAUAACCAUCAACGACAUCCCAACCGCCACAUCACUCCUUGGUUCCUAUGACCUCUCGUCACUUCUUGAACCCAUGGUGCCACCUUCAUGGACCACACAACCAUCUAUCAUGAGGCAAAUGGAUCCCCGUCAAUUCAUGAGUGGUGGCGCCACCAGAGCUCUAGCAGACAUGCCACCAUCACAGGGUGGCACGAGUGAUCUACAAGAGCUUGCUAGAGAACUUCUACAGAGGCCAAGUAGUGUUAGCUCAGUGCCAUGCAAAACCGAAGGCUCAUCUUUGCCUCCACAUAAUAGAUGAGAUGAGAGUUGGGUUAUCUAUUUUGACUGGAAGUUUGACUAAAUUUCUAUAAUCUUAGAGAUGUUAUUUUUGAGAUUUUAAUGGUCUAUCUUAAUUACUAAUAUGAUUUUAUAUUAGAUAUUUGUUGU